UUCCAAUUGAACAAACUGCCACCAGAUGCAAUUAAACUACGUUACUGCCUGACUUAUCCACAGUGACUAUGCAACAAUCAGUUAAAGCUUCACAUUCAAAGUCUCGCAAUGGAUGCCUCAGAUGCAAAGCAAGAAAGGUUAAAUGCGAUGAGCGAAAGCCCGCUUGCGCUCGUUGUGAGGACCAAAAAUAUGAUUGUCCAGGAUAUGCACUCAAUGUGCGUUGGUCACAAAAGCACCAGACACGACCAAAUAAUAUCGAGAGCCCUUUGCGACGAGGGAAGGCAAAAAGUCGUACGAACAUCACUUCCAGUUCAGUAGCCGAAGGCUUCCACCAGAUGAACGGAUGGCUCGACCCUCCAUCUCAGUUGGACUUCGUCAUGCCAGCUGACAUAUUCAACAUCGACAACAUAUCACAAGACCUCCUGGGGGGCGAGUCGUCGGCGCGCAUCAACGAUAAUAUUAUAGAUUCACCUGACGAGAACAUGACAAUUUGGACUCUUCCAGAAGAUUCAGGAUCAACAUUCAACAUUAUCGAACCAAUGGGAGUAAUUGGCCAGUUCCUCGACAAUACUGCAAGAAGCCCACCAUUUCAAUUUGAGUCCCCGUCACGCGGAGAACAGUCCCUUAUCCAGGUCCGGCAUCCAUACCCUGACCCGCAUCUUCGCUUGUCCAACAUGCCAACCACUUUAUCUGAGUAUUUUUUCCGCGAUGUCAUCACUCUUUACUGUUCCUGGGAUAGUGAACUCAAUGUUAUGCGCAAUAUCAUUGAGAAAAUGUGGCAGUCUUCCGGGGUGCUCUAUCAUACAAUUCAGAGCAUGGCUGCAGCAUGUUUGUCAAAGGACUUCCCGCACCUGCUACGAGUUGCUCGUGAAGAACGUUCACAGGCACUUCAUCUCGUGAACAAUAGACCUCAAGAAGUGGAGAAGCAAGUAAUGCUGCUUGCAUCCAUGCUUCUAGGCCAUACCUCGAGCUGGUUGAGCCCUCACAAUCUUGCAACCGAGACCUUUCGAGCAAGCCAAAGCAUACUGGAUGAAAUUGCAACUGAGAAUAAUGACAUUUCGGAGAUGUCCUUCUUCAGAGAUACCAUGGAUUAUUGGGCCAUGCUUCUGGUCUAUCUCACGGACAAGAACGAGCUAGGAGAGUACCAUCGAGAGGAACGGGUUGGACCACCAAACUUAACGAAGCCAAUCGAACCGCAUCCUUACUCUGGUAUCUCGCAAGAUAUGGUUCGCGCACUGACAGAUACGGGGAUACUCAUAUUUCAAUACCGGAAACACAUGUCCACCAUGAAGUUCAUGACUGAAAGCGAUCUUGACGUGUUCAGAACUGCAUUGCGUGAGGGCAGGCGGCUGGAACGCAUGUUUCUAGCACACCAAGUGCCAAGCGCAGUCCAGACCAAGAACCCUGGCGACCCGAAGACACCGCUGAAGCAUUUGGAGCUUAUGGAUGAAGCGUAUAGAUGUACAGGGCUGUUGCAGCUCUACCGCGUCUUUCCCGAUCUUUUGAACGAACGAUACUCACCUUGGAACAAGGAUCACAUUCUACGGCCUUUACCAGCACAUCAAGUGCCAACAAAACAGGAGAGACAGCUAUGGCUGACACAAUUUGCUCUGCAUAUCCUUGGUAUUUUGGAAGAGAUUCCGUUUGAGUCAAGGACUCGCAGUGCUCAGCCGUUUGUUAUGGUUGCCAUAUCUGGUGAACUCAGGCAGAAUUCUCACAGUCUUCAAGGAUCUGGUGUCUCUAUUACAGAUACCGGCGUGCUGAGCAUUGAUAGUGUCUCUAUCGAAGUGGCCCGUGCCCGGAAGUUUGUGAGCUCCCGGUUAUCAGCAUAUACACACAUCUUGCCCUUGCGAAAGAGCCAAGUCAUUUUGGAGCUCAUCAAUCAAGUUUGGUCAGCGAUAGACGAAGGACAGGAGGAUGCUUACUGGUUGGAUAUUGCUUACGAGAAGAAAUUGGGCACAAUGAUGGGGUAGUUGGUGGUUGAAAGUCA